AUGCUGCUGCCGCGGCUUUCCUCGCUUCUGUGCCUCGCUGGCCUAGCUACCCUCCCGGUAACAAGCGCCUACAACGGCGACGAGAAUAUCAAGAGCAUUCCGCUCCGAACUCACAGUCUUGCUCCGCCAUAUCUGGAUUCGGACUUCCAAAGCCGCUGGUUCGAUUUUGGUGGUGAUACAAUCAUCCGCGCUGACAAGUACAUUCGCCUGACGUCGGAUCGACCAUCGCAACAGGGAUGGAUCUUUUCUCGGGUCCCUCUUACUGCAACGAAUUGGGAGAUCGAGGUUGAGUUCAAGAUCCACGGCGAAGGAAACUUGCACGGCGACGGGUUUGCCAUGUGGCUCACCAAGCAGCGCGCAACCCAGGGCCCUGUCUUCGGAUCGACAGACAACUUCGAAGGUCUGGGUAUCUUCAUCGACACAUACAAGAAUAACCGUCCCGGAACAUCAUUCCCUACGCCAACGAAGUGGCUGGCUGCUCGUGGUCUGCGCGGCGCUUCAAUUCCUACCAAGGCGCGCUUGACAUACUUCCAGGACAAGUCUCUGACCCUAGACUUGCAGUACAAGUCUGAGGAUACCUGGACCAACUGCUUCACCCUGGACGCCCCCGAGACCAAUAUCGCCAUCCCUGCCGUUUCCUACCUCGGCUUCUCUGCCGAAACUGGCGAACUGAGCGACAACCACGACAUCAUUUCGGUCAAUGCCAAGAACCUGUACAGCAUCGGAGGCAGCGCCGCCGCCGGCUCCGGGCGUGGUCCAGCAAACAACGGCAGGCAGGACCGGGCCCACGUGAAGGUGCCCAAGCAGAAGGGCGGCUGGGGUUGGUUCCUGUUUAAGUUUAUUCUGUUCCUUGGUGCCGUCGUCGGUGCGUAUGUCGGUUUCACCAUGUACCGGACCAAGCAGCGUUACUCGCGAUUUUAG